CGGAGCUAAGAGGCGGGACGAAGAGUGAGAGGAAAUCCUAGAGAAAUGUGUGGGAUCUCGCGCUGUGUUUCCAAGUAGCUCGGGCGAUAUUGACGAACUAUUUUCAUUGUGAUACGGUAUUUUUUUGUCGUUGGUGGUCCCACCGUCUGGCGCAAACACGGGUGCGGUGGGUGGAAGUUGAAAGGGAAGGGGGGUAACUGGGGAGGGGGGGGUGGUAAGCGACCAUCGUUUAGGUCAAAAUGUCGAUUCAGUACGAGGAACAGCUGCCUGACAGCUACGGGGUGACGGACUCCUUCCCCAAAGAUUUCGGUUACGGAGAGGAUGAGGAGGCCGACAUCGAGGAAAGCCCGACCGCAUCCGACAGCAAACCGAGAAUCCUGCUCAUGGGUUUGAGGCGAAGCGGCAAAUCAUCGAUACAGAAGGACGAUUAUGUGGAGGCUCUGGAUCGGCUCCACCACACCGUGUCGCAGGCCUACAGGGUCAACCCGGAGAUCAACUUCGAGGUGUUCAUCCACAAAGUGGACGGCCUGUCGGACGAUCACAAGAUCGAAACGCAGAGAGACAUCCAUCAGCGAGCCAACGACCAUCUAGCAGACGCAAGUUUAGAGAAGCUGCACCUCAGCUUCUACUUGACGAGUAUAUAUGACCACUCUAUAUUUGAGGCCUUCAGCAAAGUGGUGCAGAAACUCAUCCCACAGCUCCCAACGUUGGAAAACCUGUUAAACAUCUUUAUUUCUAAUUCAGGGAUCGAGAAGGCCUUCCUGUUUGAUGUCGUCAGUAAGAUCUACAUCGCCACAGACAGCUCGCCUGUCGACAUGCAGUCCUACGAACUCUGCUGCGAUAUGAUCGACGUGGUUAUCGAUGUUUCCUGCAUUUAUGGUCUGAGGGAGGAUGGCAGCGGCAGCGCCUACGACAAAGAGUCCAUGGCCAUCAUCAAGCUCAACAACACCACUGUGCUGUACCUCAARGAGGUCACCAAGUUCCUGGCUCUCGUCUGUAUCCUGAGAGAGGAGAGCUUCGAGCGCAAAGGAUUAAUAGACUACAACUUCCACUGUUUCCGGAAGGCCAUCCACGAGGUGUUUGAGGUGGGCGUUUCUGCCCAGCGACCGUUGGGCUCGCAGGCGGUGGGCUCGCCCUGCAACAAGGCCGUCGCUGUGAACGGCACGCCGCGCAACACUGUUUAAUCCCCAACACAAGAUGUUUUAAAAAAAAAUUUAAAAAUAAAUAAAUAAAUAAUAACAAACAGAUGCAAAAUAAAGGUGGAGGAAAGAAAUGAUCAGGGAGCCUGUAGAGGAGAGACUACAACACUGGGGCUCACUAGUACACCAGUCACAACCCCCUCGCUCCCAGUACCUAAAGCCCUGAAAGAUGCCUCGAGCAAAACAAGGAGGAGGAGGAGGAGGAGGCCAGGCAUCUGUUUCAGGUGAAGCAUCCUGUUGGCUGUGUGGAAGUUGAGAAUCUGCUCCUGAACAGGAAAAAAAAAAACAAAACAGGUUCGGCUUCUUUUCUUUUCUGAAGAGGCUGUGAUGAUUAGCUGCUGGUUCUUUUUUUUUUUUCUUCUUUUUUCUUGAACAAUGUGAGGAGGAAUAAACAAAAACAACAACACAUUCUGACCUCUGCUGGACAAACGGACUCUUUGUCUGGUGACAAGCCCGACCACUUCUGUGCUGAGGAAGSCGGACCUCUCGUCCGAACCCGCCGCGCGUUCAGAGAUGGCCUUACGCAGAGAAAGCUUGACGGCAGCGYGAGCUUUUUCUCACCACCGCUCACCUCACUGUAACCCGACGCUGCACACAUCUCACUUUUUUUGGUUUCACUUGUGAAGGGUUGGUGAGCGAACUGAGCAGGGAUUGUGCUGUCCAGCUUACUGUGGUGUGUGUGUGUGUGUCUGUGGGUGUGUGGGUAUGCAUGUGUGAGUUUCAAUAAAAUGGUGUUGACGUAAUCCCAGCCUGCAGCGAAGGACCGUUCACUUAGAAGAUGUUUCUUCUUGGUAACAGCAGCUCAUAAUUCAACUUUUUCAAUCAGUGAAAGUAAGUUCAAUAAAAACUCUUGCUUUUGGCUUUUAAGAUUAUAAAGAAACGUUUAGUUGGACAUUUGAAGCUAAGUCUUUGUUAAAACACUGCCAAACGAUUAAAAGAAAUGAUUUAUAAUACGCCACGAUUUGAUUUAAAGGAAAAGAGAUGAGGUGCAGGACUGAUAAAGACGUAGGCUCAUCAUUUAAACAGAUUUCAGUUUGCAUGUGUUUCGCCCUACGCUUUCAGUCCUGCUCAAAGUUAUUCAUUUGUUUUGUUUUGUUGUUGUUUUUCUUGAGUUCUGACCGCAAAGGYUCACAAGAACAUGACGUUCUCAUUCCAAGCAUGUUUACAUCCGUGUGUUAACUUGUGUUAAUCUCAGCUGUAACACUGCUCAUUGUAAUCGAAGAUGAAAAAUAAAGUGAUGCAUUUGGAGAAAAAAA